AUGAUUAAGUUGGUCAUUGAAGGGGUUUUACUGCAUGUGUGUAGUGUUUAUGCACCACAAGUAGGCUUGAAAGAGGAGGUGAAAGCUAGAUUUUGGGAGGCUUUGGAUGAGAUGGUGAGAAGCGUGCCUAGUUCAGAGAAGAUUAUCAUAGCAGAGGACUUUAAUGGGCAUAUUGGGUUUUUACCGGGGGGCUAUGGUGAUGCGCAUGGAGGUUUUGGUUUCAGUGUUAGAAAUGGUGAGAGAGAUGCUCUGUUGGAUUUUGCGAGGUCCUUUGGGCUGGUGGUUGUGAAUUCAAGCUUUCCGAUGAAGGAGAAUCUUCUUAUCACCUUCCGAACUGCAAUAGCCAAGACUCAGAUUGACUUUCUGCUGCUUAAGAAGGGGGUAGGGUGUUAUGUAAAGACUGUAAAGUCAUUCUGA